AUACAAAUAUCAGCUUGAUUUUUUGUAUAAAUUGAUGCAGCAAAGUGUCUUAGACAUGCAGAUACAAUCUGACUGAAUUGUCUUGAACAAGUCUACAGUCAAUAUUAUCAUCAUGAAAUUUUUAAUUGUAACUGUUUUCCUUAUUGGAACAACUGUUGCCCAAUUUGGUGCACCAGCUUAUAGAGGUGGUUUCCGUCGUCCAACAACAACACCUCAAUAUCAACAGCCACAAUAUCAACCACAACAACCCCAAUAUCAACCAGAAAAUCAAUACAGAACAAACAUUGGACCACAAAUUGCAAUUCGUAGCCAAACACAAGAUUCAUCACCAGAUGGUUCUUACAAUUAUGCAUAUGAAACUGAAAAUGGAAUUUCAGUAUCUGAAGAAGGUAGUCCAAAAGCUGCUGGACCAGAAGGACCAGCUGAAACUGUACGUGGAAGAUUCCAGUAUACAGCACCUGAUGGUACCCCAAUUAUUGUUGAAUAUUAUGCUGAUGAAACUGGCUUCCAUCCAUCUGGAGCACAUCUUCCAACACCACCACCGAUACCAGAAGCUAUUGCUCGUGCUGUUGCAUCAUUACCACCAAGCAAUGAAGGGCAAUAUGUUGAAGAACCAAUUAAUCGUAAUCAAUACAAUCAGAACCAAAAUAAUUACCGAAGAUUUUAAUUAUGAAAAUUUAUAAAAAUACUUAAUCAUUUUUAUAAAUUCAUAAGCCUAUAAGAAGAAGUUAUUAAUAUUAUUUUGUUUUUUAAAAAAAAAAAUUGUUUUUAUUAGAAAAAUGUGUAUUAUUUUUUGAUACUGUGUUUUAUAUACAUACAUAUUAAUUAUUGUAAUUAAUUUUGCUUUGUAAAUGACCUGUACAUUAAUUAAUUGAAUAUAUUUGAUUUAUUUGGAAAAUUAAAAUAACA